GCUCAGCCCCGCGGAGAGCCGUAGGGGACACGGGAGGCGGGUUCCUCCAUCCUUGCCGACAUGCAGAACGCGUCGCUCACGGAGCCCGAGUCCGCAAACGCGACGACCCCAGAGCCUUUGCCGCUGCCGCUGGCUGUGGCGGUGCCGGUUGUCUACGCCGUGAUCUGCGCUGUGGGGCUGGUGGGCAACUCAGCGGUGCUGUACGUGCUGCUGCGGACGCCGCGCAUGAAGACGGUCACCAACCUGUUCAUCCUCAACCUGGCCAUCGCCGACGAGCUCUUCACGCUGGUGCUGCCCAUCAACAUCGCAGACUUCCUGCUGCGCCGGUGGCCAUUCGGCGAGCUCAUGUGCAAGCUCAUCGUGGCCAUCGACCAGUACAACACCUUUUCCAGCCUCUACUUCCUCACCGUCAUGAGCGCCGACCGCUACUUGGUGGUGCUGGCCACCGCCGAGUCGCGCCGGGUGGCUGGCCGCACCUACGGCGCCGCGCGAGCCGUGAGCCUGGCCGUGUGGGCGCUGGUCACGCUGGUCGUGCUGCCCUUCGCCGUCUUCGCCCGCCUCGACGAGGAGCAGGGCCGGCGCCAGUGCGUGCUGGUCUUCCCGCAGCCCGAGGCAUUCUGGUGGCGGGCCAGCCGUCUCUAUACGCUCGUGCUGGGCUUCGCCAUCCCGGUGUCCACCAUCUGCGCCCUCUACACCACGCUCCUGUGCCGGUUGCACGCCAUGCGGCUGGAUAACCAUGGCAAGGCUCUGGACCGCGCCAAGAAGCGGGUGACCUUCCUGGUAGUGGCGAUCUUGGCCGUUUGCCUGCUCUGCUGGACGCCCUACCACCUGAGCACCGUGGUGGUCCUCACCACUGACGUUCCACAGACGCCGCUCGUCAUCGCCAUCUCCUACUUUAUCACCAGCCUGAGCUACGCCAACAGCUGCCUCAAUCCCUUCCUCUAUGCGUUCUUGGACGACAGCUUCCGCAAGAGCCUUCACCAGGUGAUAGUGUGCAGGGCAGAGGCCUGACACCCGGGUGCGCGCUGUCCCGAACAGGACCCCGAGCCAGGACCAGCGCAGGGAGAAUGGACACUAGCGGCACUCCAGUGUGGUCCCGGAAAGACAGCUUUGGUGUCCCGGGGAAACUUAAUGGGGAUGCGGAUGCCUGGGCCCUACCCUAGCCCCAGCUGUGGUUGCGCCCUCAGCUUGGGUUUGCCAGCCCUUCCAGGAGAAGCCGAGUGUGAGAACCUCGGUGGCUGAGAAAGCCAUAUCGACUGCUCCCUAAAGGCGAAGAGAGGAGUUGACCCUCGAACUUCGCACAAACGGUAGAAGAGGAGGGCAGUAUUGCUGGGAGCUGCCCCCUUCUAACCUCCAGCCCCUGCACCAUGCUCCGGGAGCUGGUUGUUCGUUAACGCUGCUCUAGCGGGAAUCCUCCGCGCCAUCCUGGGGAACACCUGGCGACGCCGCGCGGGAUCCCAGGCGACUGCACCCCGCUUGCGCUUGCGUUUUGUUUCUCUGCUUUAGGAAACCGCUGUCUGUGCCCUUGCUGCAGCAGAAGAACAGAAAGGGCUGGUCCCCUAGUCCUUCUCUGCGCGUUCCAGACCCUGGGCCAGGGCGCCCCAGUUUUCGCCUGCACCCGCUCCUCUGAGAUGCGCCCUGCCUUGUGGAGCGCGCAGGAACAGCUGCCGGGGACAAAGGGCCUCCUCGACUGGGGAAGACCGCAGGAGGUGGGAGUCGUGUGUGUGUGUGUGUGUGUGUGUCUCCCGUGUAGCGGAGGAGGCGUGGGAUGGUCUGGAACAGGCAGGAGCCUGGCUGUUCCAGUCCCUUCUUGCAUUGUCUUUCUCCUUUCCUACACUUGAUCGCACCUGAAAGCGUUCCAUGACUGUCAGACCCAGCGGGGACCCUGCUAGCCCAGCGCAGGAAGGACUGAGAGCCCGGAGGAGUCCCCGGGCGCGCUGCUUCGGCGCCCCCUGCAGGAACCAGGCGCACAGCGUUGAGCUUCUCAGAGCUUGGCUUUUGCACUGGAGCGCACCGCAACCGGCUCUUUAAGCGACCAAAGCGCUAAUCCGCGCUGCUUUCUCACCGAUUCCGAAGCCCGCCCCCCACCCCCACCCUCCAAACAACCUUUCCCCUGUAGGCCUCUGUACCACUUGGAUCAAUUCGUUGUUAUUGUGUGUUGUUCUAGAGACCAAGAGCUGUAUAAAUACUACUUAUGUAUCACAGAUUUAUCUUCCUGAGAUUUCCCCGAAGAGGACAUCUUUCACGGGUAACUGUGGACUACCUGUUUCUUACUUCUUAGUCUCAGAAGCACCUGGUAGGUAGUCAGUGUAAAACUGGUGAAGUCUGGUCUCACAAGGGAAACCGACCAGCACCCUACCUGCAUUCGAUCUCUGCCUAGAGGAGAGAGAAGUGAACUGAGAGAACUGACACCUGAUUUGCUUACUCAUCUGCAGUUGAUGCCUCAGACCUGAACUGGACUAUGAUAAUCGAUUACAGUGUUUAAAAAAAGUAUUACUCUUCAGGAUGAAUUUCUAACAGAUACGAAAAUUUCUAAAAAUGCUUGCUUCCUAUGGUACCUCUCAGUGGUUUUGUUUAAGAAUAGUAUUGCUAGCAGGUUUUAUUUACCUAGUUUGCUUGGAAUUUUAAACCAAGUUCUCAAUAUUUAGGUUCAAAAAUACCUUUUAAAGAAUAUAUGGAAGAGAAAUACUCUUCGUUGUCUUGUGGAGAGGAAAUCUCUCUGACUUGGAAUUCAUUCCUUAGCUCUCAAGGAACAUUCAGGUAAUUCAGAGCUAUUUGUUUAGAUAAUGUAAAUUUAGAAAUUUUCUGCAUUGGGUGGCAAACAAUAGCUAAUGGCUCACAGUGAGGAUUUUCAUGUGCAGGGCAAUUUGAAUGAUGGGAGUCUUGACAUUUGGACUGGCCUCUGUCUGUGGGUUUCAAAGACCUGGUCAUUUAAAUUUCUAGGAAACA